GUGCGCAAAUUGGUUUGUCAUGUAAUGUACACACAACACAAUGUCUCGAGACAAAAGUGUGUGGUUCGCCGAAGAAAUCCUUUUAGAUGCCAAACUUAUCAACUUCCAAUUAGAGACCGGAGAAUGGGAUGCUGUAGAGGAAAUGUUACGUGCCGAGGCACAACUUUCCAGAGAUGCAGAAACAGGAAGAUUGCGUCCUAAAAAAGCGUCAGAAUACACAUUGCGUCUUAUAGCAGAAGUAUUACAUAUCAUGCGGUUGGAUGUAGAACAGGCUUCCUACAACCGCAGCACUCUUGCUGUUGCUGAGCAAUGCCUCCGCCUCGUGCGGUCUUGUGCUGCUGCAGGCACCAAGAUGCAGACAUAUAUUUCCAAAGAAUUGUCAAUACUUGACUCAAUGUUGAUAUUAGCCACAGAGUACCAACACCCCAAUGUGGAGUUCCUUAAUGAAGAGUUGCAAAAGAAAUAUGAGGCAUGUAUGACUGUUCUCAUGCAAACAUUAGGAAAUCUAGUUGUGAAUAAUCCAUUCAAUCAGAUAAUGAUCUGGAAUAAGUUUGAUGCCAUUAUACUUAACGGUUUAGUUGGGCAAAAUGAUAAAAUUGCAUCGGCUGCCGCAAUGAUAGUAUACAACAUAUUGUUGGGUCAGCCAAAUGUGCUGCCUGAUGAUGUUUCCCUCCUUAAUUCCUUAGCAUUCAUGUAUAACAAUGGCAAUACUGAAUAUCCACAUUUGAUUAUUGAGUAUCUAAUUGGUGUUGAGAACACUUAUAUUGAAAAAUUAUAUUCUAAGCUGGACCCAGAAUGUCGAAUUCUGGUGUUGAAUCUUGCAUAUAAUAUUCUUAUGUCAACAGAGUCACAGGACAUUAAUGUAUCUGUGAACUUUGUUAAAUUCAUGGCACAUGAAUUCAAAAGUAAAUCAGAUUGUAUUUUAAAGACUGUUGAUAAAUAUGUAAAUAGCAUAGAGCCACAAGAGGUGGUGUUUUUACUUGAAAUCAUUGCUACAGCUUCUAGUAUGGAUGCUUAUAUGGACUGCUUGCAAGGAGACACUUCCCUUUUCAUCAACUGUGCAUUUUUACUUCGAGCAAUACACAAGCUUGGCAAAGAGAGUAGCAACUUUUUUUCUUCAAUCAAUAAACUUUAUGCUGCCACUGGCAAAUAUCUUGUGAAUGAUGAAAACUUAAACUCGAAUCUAUCUCCUGAAAAUCCACUAACCAAAAAUGAUUCGGCUGAGAACAUGCUUUCCUGCAAUGAGACAACCUCAGAAUGCACAGAGUCAGAAAGUAGUGAACAGUAUUUUGAAUGUAGUGACAACAUAACAUACAUAGAGAAGUUUGACAAUGUAAAUACUUUAGAAAAUCUACACCAACCUCAUAAGUUUUUAGAAACAGUUCCCAAUGGGAAAAAUGGCAACGGUGAUCCUAAUGUCAAGAUAGACAAUGACUUGUCUAAAGUGGCUUACAAAAGAAGUCAGUCUGUGCCAAAAGCCGAUGAUCGUAUCCAUCAUCUGCCAACAAGAAGAAUUAGUCUGGAGCAUAAAAUAGAUAUAGGUGAUGAUACAGAACCACCAUUGAUUAUAGAUGCCUCUUCACCAAAUGGUAGUAUGAAUACUAUUGCCGAAGUUAUACCAGUAGCAUUACAACCCCGCUUAGAUUUGCAAGGCACCAGUGCCCCUGAUUCACAAGAGAGCUCACCAAACGAUCCACCCACAGAAAUUCAUUUAAUCAAGGAAGAGGUGAAAUCUGAUAUAAAAGCAUCACCAAGUGAAAUAUCUCCUCCUUUGGCAGACUUACCUCUUGAAACAGAAUCACAAAAGAAGUCACCAGAAACACCCAAAGAGAUAAAGAAAAGUCAAAAUCUAUCCACAGACUUUGAUUUGAGUGAACAGUUGCAAAAGAUAUUGGGUAUAUCUUCUGAGAAAACAAGGGGGGAUAGUUCUAGUGCUGAUAAAAAGAAUGAACCAAUAAAAGAAGUGAAAAUAUCAGAUGAGAAUCUUGUUAACAAAGUGCCUUCAGUUAAAAUAGAUUCACCUGAAAGCCAUAAAACAAGGUAGGCUGAAUGGCAAACAUCAAAAUGAUUUUAUUCUCAUAUAAUAUUUGUAGAGUAUUUGACUUAGUUUUGAUAACAGUUUUUUUAUCAAUAAGUUUUUUUCUUCUCUAUGUUGACCAACCUUAAGAACUUAAUCAUUCAAAAUUAUGAAGUUACUUUAUAGCUCAGUGUGACCUAAACCCGCACUUUACGCACGCUUUUCCGUGACCUAAGUUGCCUAUUUCUGCACGGUGUGUAAAUGAAUUGACCAACUUCACUCAUGUAGAAUUAGUACAUUACGAUACGCGUAACUUAACUUUACUAUGCCAAUCAAGGAAUAAACGUUCAUGGAUACAUUGAAAUUCUAUUUUGUUGUAAUGAUAUUUGAUUUUUUCCUUUUGAAAUAUACUUUCAAAAUGGUAAUCUGAAUCUUUGUGAAAAUCUGCAAUUCUUUGUGAUUGCAAUACAUGAUUUUUACUUUCAAAACACUAAUCGCAUCCCUCGGGAACCCCCCCCCCCUCUUGGCCGCGUCCGGGGCGGGUUUAUGUCACACUUGCUAUAAAAUAGUAUACGAUACUUGUGGCCUAAGUUGUCUAUUACUGCACGGCGUGAAGUUAGCGCCCGAGCGGAGCGAGGGUGCAACUUAGGUCACGCGUAUCGUAAUGUACUAUUACUAUCAUGUAAGUUGCAGUUAGCUUCCCCAGCACUCGGUCUCUAAUCCAAGCAGGAAAUCUGCAUUGAUUGAUUUUUUCUUUGAUGGCUCCUUCGGAUGUAGCUAUAUUGCAGUAUCGUGCAUCUGUAUUGCUCUUAUGGAGGCCAUACACAUUAGGUUUUGCAUGAUGGUUUUAGCCGUACAUGCAUAACCGACAUGCAAGCCCUAGCGUGUUUGUGAUAACACUACAGUUUUCGGUGCAUGUAACUUGGUUAUGCAUGUCGGUUAUGAAUGCACGGUUAAAACCAUCAUGCAAAACCUAACGUGUAUGGCCUCCAUUACACAAAUAGUAAGAGUACAAUUUAUGGACAGCAACUUGACUAAUCAUUGUUGCAACUGUAUUUAUUAUGUCUUUAUUGAGAUGUUGCUAUUAUACAAUAUAAAGUUAACAGAAGAAUUACAAUUAGUCGUGUGAAGUGCUAGCAUUAGGAGAGUUAUAUUUCAGGAAUCUAUGGUGUCGAACCGGGCAUGGUUCUCUGAACCUAAAAUUAAAUUUGAUAACAGUAUAUCUUUGUCAUUCUCUUUACAGAAUGAAAAGAAGAGACUUAGGUUAAAUUUAGUUUUAAGUUUAGA